CGUGCGCCGAUUCGGAGCAUAAAGCGAGUUUGCUAUGCGAGAUAAAACGCUUUCCAGCUUUUUUCACUCUUUCGCUGUUUUUGAGCCUCGGAGGGAACAAAAGCGAUGAACGGCGUGACCGCAGUCCAGGCGCAGGACGAGUGAGGCGCCACGAAGAGGACUCGGACUGCGCGGAAAGUGGACCGUUUCGCGACUAUGUGACCGAGAAUCGGACGGGCAGUCAUGUUUUGGUCUCUGUUCUGGCAAACCGUGUUACUUCUGAGCUCCGAGGCGGCUCCGUUUUCCUCCAGAGGAUAGAAAGUUUCAGAAGUUGGAGCUCCAAAAUGUCCUCCUCCCGGCGCCUCCGCUGCGCUGUUGGCCCGUUUGGGAUGCUUUGCCUUUGGGCUGCCGCCUUCGUGGGAACCCGGGCGGUCAUGCUGCACAAGAACGAGACCGUAUUCAACGAUUUUUGUAAGAAAAGCUCGACCUGCGAGGCGCUGAAGUACAAUACAUGUCUCGGCUCGCCUUUGCCGUACACGCACACGUCCCUCAUCCUCGCAGAGGACUCCCAAACCCAAGAAGAGGCUCUGGAGAAGUUGGCCAUGUGGUCUGGUUUGAGGAAUGCUCCUCGCUGCUGGGCUGUCAUUCAGCCCUUGCUGUGCGCUGUUUACAUGCCCAAAUGUGAGAACGGUAAAGUGGAGCUACCCAGCCAGAAGCUGUGUCUUAGUACACGCAAGCCCUGUAGCAUAGUGGAACAGGAGCGAGGAUGGCCCAACUUCCUGAAAUGUGAGAACAAGGACAAGUUCCCUGUUGGCUGCCAGCCUGAGGUGCAGCUCAAAUUCAACACAUCAGGACAUUGUGAGGCUCCUUUGGUCAAAACUGACAUCCAGGCUAGCUGGUACAAGGACGUGGAGGGCUGUGGCAUCCAGUGCAACAAUCCCCUCUUCACAGAGGAGGAGCACUCAGACAUGCACAGCUACAUCGCGUACUUUGGAUCUGUCACCCUUCUUUGCACCUUCUUUACUUUGGCCACAUUUCUGGCUGACUGGAAGAAUUCCAACCGCUAUCCUGCUGUUAUCCUCUUUUACGUCAAUGCCUGCUUCUUCAUAGGCAGCAUUGGAUGGCUUGCUCAAUUCAUGGACGGAGCUCGCAAAGAGAUAGUGUGCAAAAGUGACAACACUAUGCGGCUGGGAGAGCCUUCAUCCACAGAGACGCUUUCAUGCGUGAUCAUCUUCAUUAUCGUGUACUACUCCCUGAUGUCUGGGGUCAUCUGGUUUGUCAUGCUCACCUAUGCCUGGCACACAUCCUUCAAAGCCCUCGGCACUACCCAACAGCCUCUGUCCGGAAAGACGUCUUACUUCCAUCUGGUCACAUGGUCUAUCCCGUUCAUACUCACGGUGGCUAUACUGGCCAUUGCAGAGGUAGACGGAGACUCAGUCAGUGGAAUCUGCUUUGUUGGGUAUAAGAACUACAGGUACCGUGCUGGUUUUGUGCUGGCUCCUAUCGGAGUGGUGCUCGUCAUUGGUGGCUAUUUCCUAAUAAGAGGUGUCAUGACAUUGUUUUCCAUCAAAAGCAACCAUCCUGGACUACUGAGUGAAAAAGCGGCAAGCAAGAUUAAUGAGACCAUGCUGAGACUUGGCAUAUUUGGCUUCCUGGCUUUUGGCUUCGUUUUCAUCACAUUUGGAUGCCAUUUCUAUGACUUUUUCAACCAGGCCGAGUGGGAAAGAAGCUUCAGGGAAUAUGUGCUGUGUGAAGCCAAUGUGACUAUAGCUCACCAGACCAACAAGCCAAUCCCGGAAUGUGCCAUCAAGAACCGUCCCAGUCUGCUGGUGGAGAAGAUCAAUCUGUUCUCUAUGUUUGGCACGGGCAUUGCCAUGAGCACCUGGGUGUGGACCAAAGCCACAAUCCUUAUUUGGAAACGCACCUGGUGUAGGAUCAUUGGACGCAGUGACGAUGAGCCAAAGCGCAUCAAAAAGAGCAAGAUGAUAGCCAAAGCAUUCUCAAAGCGGAAGGAACUCCAGAAGGAUCCGGAAAAAGAGUUGUCCUUCAGCAUGCACACAGUUUCUCAUGAAGGACCUGUAGCAGGUAUCAACUUCGAGUUCAACGAGCCAUCUGCAGAAAUGUCCUCUGCUUGGGCCCAGCAUGUGACGAAGAUGGUGGCCCGAAGAGGUGCCAUCUUACCUCAGGAUAUCUCGGUCACUCCGACCGGCACACCUGUGCCGCCACCAGAGGAGAGAAACAAACUGUGGAUGGUCGAGGCUGAGAUCUCCCCUGAGAUGAUGAAACGGAAGAAGAAAAAGAAGAAGAGGAAGAAGGAGGUGCGCCCAAACGCGCCUGCAGAAGAGGGCAUGAAUCCCAUCCCCCGUCACAGAGAGUUCGGCCCCAGUGCCGUACCUCGGCUUCCCAAGCUACCGGGACACCGCAGCCUUGUGGCUAACUUGUGGGACCAGCAGCGGCAACAGCACCAAGAAGAGAAUGUGCUUCCAGGCUCCUUCCCAGAAUUCCGGUCUUCCUGUCCUGUUCCAUACAAUGAGAGAUAUGGAGGGCUGGGCUACCUUCCAUCCAGCCAGUUCAACAGGGAGCCCAGCUUUAACCUUGCCAACCACCUGAUGUCUAAGGAUAGCCAGCAUGAGGGCAGAGGCCAGUUCCAAUCAUCAGCCUGGCAGUGUAACGGAGCAUUUCACCAUUCUGGGCAAGAGAUAUUCUCAGCAGUGGCUGGCGGCAGGACAGCCCUCACGUACCGGUCAGACUCCAGACGUCCAGUGAUUGCGCCAAUCCACUCCAGAACCAACCUAAUGGAGGCGGAGCUGAUGGACGCAGACUCUGAUUUUUGACUUUGCUAAGUCACUGGUCUUGUGGUGCUCUGCAGACUCAAAAAGUGCUGGAUACUUUGUGCACCACACAUUUAGUUGAUUGUAGAAAGGUGCAGGGCAGUGGUUCCCAAACCGUUUAUAGUGCGGUAACCUCUCUGACAUUAACCCUCCAGCCACGUACCCCCUUCUCACUCCUGAGACACACUCGUGCAUAUUGCCCGGAUGCAUCAGCCUGUAAAAUCAGUGCCUCUCAAUAUAUCUAACAUACUUAGAAUGGCAACACACCCGACGUACUGAGUAACACUGAAUAAGUAAAUAAUGUUAGAGAUGCUUGUAAGGCAUGUAUUAUAGGUGUGGUUCACUCUGGAGUGCUGGUCAUAGUGCAGGGAUGAGGAAGGAGAGCGAGCUUUCUUCAGUUGUAAUCACAAAGGCAGCAGCGUGGGCAGUGGUCAGUAUGAGGACGCAUAUGGGACGUCUGCAGCUGUCAAAUGAACACGGAAAAACGUUCAUAAACAUGGGUACAGAUCAUAUACAUCACAGUGACAUCAUCCACUUAACGUUUACCAGCACUAUGGAUAUGUAAACAAAAUGCUAGUUGCUAAUCUCUAAUCACAGUAGACCACGAAGUAAUAAUUUACUUUAGAUGCAAACUAAACCACAUCUGUGAAAGUGAAAUUAACUCAAGUACACAACUAACAGUGGGUAUACAUGCUUCUUAUAUAAGCUAUGCUAUGUAAGCUUUGGGGUUUUGGAGACCUCUCUGGUGGUAAUGUGUAAUUGCACACAAUGCCUGGAAGAACAGUUUGUAGUAUGUUUAAGUUUAAGUUUAAGUGGUACUGUUUUGAUCCCACAACCGGGGAAAUUCCAUCUCCGCAUUUAACCCAUCCAUGCAAGUGAAACACCACAGACACACUAG